UGCCGGCCUCCUUUCUGAGGCGGCGUUUACACACGGACGCCGCUGGCCGCGGCGGCUUACAUAAAGGCGCGCGCUGUUAUGCAAUGGCAUUGUUAGCGGCGCUGACGAGUUCGUUAGGAAAGGAUCGUGCGUGUCCGAAAACAAGCCGUGAGAAUCACGCCUUGCCACAGUAAAUCGCUUUCUCGGUAUUUCUGCACAGUGUCGGCUUUGCCCGGGAGUCUGGAGUUGCAUUUGAGAGAAUGGAGAUGAACUCUGAAAGGUCGAAAGAGAGUGUGUAUUGCUGGAACAAAACAGCGGAGAAGAGUGACUUCGAAGCCGUGGAGGCGCUCAUGUCUAUGAGCUGCAGCUGGAAGUCGGAUUUUAAGAAGUACCUGGAGAACAGACCGGUCACACCAGUAUCCGACCUGUCGGAGGAAGAGAACCUGCUCCCGGGGACUCCGGAUUUUCACACCAUCCCUGCCUUUUGUCUGACCCCCCCUUACAGCCCCUCGGACUUUGAACCCUCGCCAGCGUCCAAUCUGUUGGCAGCAGCGCCAUCUACUGGGCACUUCAAGUCCCUCUCAGAUGCCGCCAAGCCUCACACUGCCGCUGCCCCUUUCAAAGAAGAAGAGAAGAGCCCGGUGGCGCUCCCCAAGCUCCCCAAGGCUCAGGCAACCAGCGUGAUCCGCCAUACAGCCGACGCCCAGCUGUGCAACCACCGGUCCUGCCCAGUGAAAGCAGCCAGCGCUGCUGCCUAUCAGGACAGUGCUUUCCGAAGACGAGCCCACCCAAGCGUUGAGGCUGCAAGGAAAAACAUACCGUGUGCAGCUGUGUCGCCGAACAGAGCCAAGUGUGAGCAGAGCGCCGCGGCCGAUGCUGAUGAGAAAGCAGGCGCUGCUCUUUUUGACUUUUCUGUGCCUUCCUCGGAGACGGUCAUCUGCCGGUCUCAGCCAGCCCCCGCGUCCCCGCAGCAGAAGUCGGUGUUGGUCUCUCCCCCCGCCGUGUCUGCAGGGGCCGUGCCGUCCAUGCCGGUCAUCUGCCAGAUGGUUCCCCUUCCCGCAAACAACCCUGUCGUGACAACCGUCGUUCCCAGCACUCCGCCCAGCCAGCCACCCGCCGUCUGCCCCCCUGUCGUGUUCAUGGGCGCGCAGGUGCCCAAAGGGGCUGUCAUGUUUGUGGUGCCGCAGCCUGUGGUGCCCAGCCCAAAGCCACCUGUGGUGAGCCCCAACGGUACCAGACUGUCUCCCAUCGCCCCCGCCCCCGGGUUUUCCCCUGCAGCAGCCAAAGUCACUCCUCAGAUCGACUCAUCCCGGAUAAGAAGUCACAUCUGUAGCCACCCAGGCUGCGGCAAGACCUACUUCAAAAGCUCUCAUCUGAAGGCCCACAUGAGAACACACACAGGGGAGAAGCCUUUCAGCUGCAGCUGGAAGGGCUGCGAGCGGAGGUUCGCCCGCUCCGACGAGCUCUCCAGGCACCGGCGAACCCACACCGGGGAGAAGAAGUUCGCCUGCCCCAUGUGUGACCGGCGGUUCAUGAGGAGCGACCACUUGACCAAGCACGCCCGCCGCCAUCUGUCGGCCAAGAAGCUCCCCAACUGGCAGAUGGAAGUGAGCAAGCUCAAUGACAUCGCCCUCCCGCCGACUCCCACGCCCACGCAGUGCCCGCAGUGACGGCCGGGCUGCUGAGGAGUCGGAACUGACUGUGGUGGCCGCCGGGAGCCCAUGGUGGCGUGGCCGGGUGGGGCCUCUCUGGCUUGGGCUGACAGUGGACGCCCCACGCCGCCUGGGCGAGGGCCAGCCUGGGCCGGGUGUUGCGCACUUCGGCCACAGGCAGGUCACAGUAGGGCAGGUUUCAUUUCUUUUCUCAUGAGAGAGAUGAGAGAGCUUUAGUUCCUUGGAACAUUCUCUGAAGGUUUCUGAUGAGGUCAGCACAGGUAGCACAGAUGUGGGGUUUGUGUGCACAUUUGUUACUUUCUUUUGCUGUUGAUACUUGAGACCAACUCUUCAAUGUGAUUCUUCUCAAGCACUGGUUUCAAGAACCGAGAGACUGGAGACGAACCUUACGGUACAGAGGUGGAGCUGCAGCGCCGGCCGGCGUCAUCUUUUCCAAGAGUUAUCUUGUUUACUGUUCCUGGUCUUCCCAGCCAGCUCUGUGGUGUAGUUAUCAGGCACACCUGCGGCGGGUGUUGGCACACUAUUGUUGAUGUUUGGAAUUGAAUGGCUGUACAUUGCUAACGAGGGCCCAAAGAAUUGGAAUCCUCACUAAUUUAAUUGCUUUUUUUGAAGUGUGUAGCUACCAUUUUUUCCCCCCACUUCGGUUUUAAAAGUUUAACAGAUGAUUAUAUCUAGGCAUUUUAUUAUACUUUGAACUUUUAGUUUGCCUGCAGUUUCUUGUGUAGAUUUGAAAAUUGUAUACCGAUGUGUUUUCUGUAGACGCUAAAGUAAACUGCACUUUGUUUAGGGAAAAAAAAAUGAAGAUGAAAAUACAUAUUGUGAAGAAGGGAUGUCAAGAAUAUUAGAUAACUCCUUGAAAAAGAUGGCUGUGUCAGCAGUGAAGUGCCCUUACGUGCUGAGGAUGUGAUAUGUGCUUUACUGAGUGAGAACAUUAGCGAACGUUAUUCACAGAUGGACCGAUGUGGUCCUGUUCAUUUAUAGGAGUUGUUUGCGAUGUGGAAGUAGAUGGGUAGGAAAAUCGUUAUUAGAACAUUCACUUUUGUUAACAGUAUUUCUGUUCUGUUGUAUAGUGGAUGAUACACACAGUGGUGAAACAAUAAAUUGUUUAUAUAGUGAAAAAUGUCACUAUAUCUUCCCACUCAACAGUUUUCUGUGCAUCAGGUGUAGAUUUCUGACAGAAAAACUUGGACUUUUUGGAAAAUAGUCUCUCAAAAAAAAAUUCUUGUGGCUCAAAAUUUGCACAAUAUUUCUUUUGUUGUACUUUAUAUCUUGUUUACAAUAAAGAAUUUCCUUUGGUA